GAUGUGCUGCUGGAUGGAUUUGCUGCAGCAACUCCCCACAACUCUGGUGAUGCCCGGCCGCCCCCCGAAGUGACGCGGGGCUCGUUGCGAGAGGCUCCCCAACCAGCCUGGGAUCGGCUCCCUCUUGCAGCUUUUUCCUUUCCCCCUUUAAUUUUUUUUUUCUCUUGGAGGAUCCAACCGGGAUUUAGAGGCUCCUCAAACUCUCGUCUCUCUUUCUCGGGCUUCCUUCGUCCUUGUCGCUGGUGUGAUCGCUAACCUCCUGCUCCCCCCUUUCUACUACCCCCCGUUUCCCGAACCAACCACUCCUCCCCGCUUGCCCGAAGCGCAGGAGAUGGAAGUUUUCCCCCUCGCUUUGCUCGUGUCCGUGUGCUGGACCGGAACCUGGGAAGCGGCGCUGGCAGACUCGAUCAUCCACAUCGGGGCAAUAUUUGAUGAAUCUGCAAAAAAGGAUGAGGAGGUAUUUCGCAUGGCAGUUUCUGAUCUCAACCAGAAUGAUGAAAUCCUACAGACGGAGAAAAUCACAAUUUCUGUGAAUUUUGUGGAUGGCAACAACCCAUUUCAGGCAGUUCAAGAAGGUAGGCUUUCUGAGGAAGGCAUAUUUUACAGCUCAUGUUUUGGUAUGGAUACAUACUUCUGGAUUGUGGUCUCCUUAAUCAUCUACAUUCAAGCUAAACAUAUACAUUGUUGACAAUGUUUUUUAUUUAUAAAAUAGCAGAGCAUGGAAAUUGGCUUUGGUUUUGGGAUGGCAAGUUGUGAACUGGCCACUGGCUGGAUUUCAUGCAGCAGGUCAAACUGAUAAGGUGUUUCUUGUUGACUAGCGUCAAAAUUAUGAUGACCUGGAGUAGCAAAUCUUGCUUUCAUUCAUGUUAAUAAAUUAAAAAAUGUAGAGAAAUCUGACAGAAUUAUAUUUUUGUUAGA